GAGAGGAUUAAACCGUGACAAAAACAUGAUCUUUUGAUGGUUCAUUUCGCCCAAGCAAGCCUGCCGUUGCACAACUGGAGUGUUAAAGGUGUCUAGUUUGCUGUGACGACGCUGUGAACGACUUUUCGUGGAUAUUUGAGUGUGUUUUUCCCUUUGGACUUUGUGUUUGUUGGUCUACAUGGUUUUCACGAGCUAGCGCGAGCCUCGAUUCUGGUGAGCUGCUCUCGAGCUGCGAUGGUCCUCGCGACUUUAUGCGGAUGUCUGCGGGCCAGUCUGCACUGAACUACGGCGACAAAUGGGAUCAUCCAGCAUCGGCCGAAGACACCGCGGCGUAGACUAAACAUUACACAUUAACACAUCUGCUUUAAUCUGUGGACAUUCACACACAAGAUUCUGUGGACUCGGACGACAGGUGUUUUUCUAGUUGGAUUUUAGCCCACUGACAUUCUUCCACAGCCAUGGAAUCGACGGUUGAUGACGAUGCAAUGGCAGCGUGAAUGAAGCUUGGCGUGGGGAGAGCUGAACGAUGCCCAAAGGUGGGGGAUCUAAAACCCCCCAGCUGGACCACUUCCCACUCAACACCGACAUGGUGGAAAAGCAGGGUGGGAAGAAGGAUAAAGUGUUGUCAAAUAAGACUCCCAAAUUGGAUCGCAGUGAUGGGGUCAAAGAGAUGAAAGAAAAGGCCCCUAAAAGGAAGCUGCCAUUUACUGCUGGAGCUAAUGGAGACCAGAAAGAUUCUGACUCAGAGAAACCAGGUCCAGAGCGGAAGCGCAUUAAAAAGGAGCCAACCAACACCCGGAAGGCGGGUUUGCCGUUUGGAAUGGGGAUGCCAGGGAUCCGGGCCGGGUACCCCCUCUCUGAGCGGCAGCAGGUGGCCUUGCUCAUGCAAAUGACAGCUGAGGAGUCCGUCAACAGUCCAGACACAACACCAAAGCAUCAGUCACAGUCCAGUAUGGGUCAGAAGGGAACGCCAAACUCUGCAUCUAAAACCAAAGACAAAGUGAAUAAACGGAAUGAGAGAGGAGAGACUCGGCUGCACAGAGCAGCAAUCCGUGGAGAGGUACGCCGCAUCAAGGAGCUCAUCAGCGAGGGAGCUGAUGUGAAUGUAAAAGACUUUGCAGGCUGGACUGCAUUGCAUGAGGCGUGCAACAGAGGGUAUUAUGAUGUGGCCAAGCAGCUGCUGGCAGCCGGAGCAGAGGUCAACACCAAGGGUCUUGAUGAUGACACCCCUCUACACGAUGCAUCCAGUAAUGGACAUUUCAAGGUGGUUAAGCUACUUUUACGGUAUGGAGGGGACCCACGUCAAAGCAACAGGAGAGGUGAAACAGCAUUGAAGGUUGCCAACUCUCCAACUAUGCUGAAUCUAUUGCUGGGGAAAGGCACCUACACCUCAAGUGAAGAAAGUUCAUCAGAAUCUUCAGAGGAGGAAGAUGCACCCUCAUUUGCCCCGUCCAGCUCUGUCGAUGGCAAUAACACGGACUCGGAGUUUGAGAAGUUGAAGUUGAAAGGGAAAACCAUGGACCCUCCUAAAUCUGCUGUCACACCCGUCAAAGACGAAUAUGAAUUUGAUGAGGAUGAUGAGGAGGAACGUGUUCCUCCUGUGGACGAUAAACACCUCUUGAAAAAAGAUUUCCGUAAAGAACCGGUCCCCAAGGCCACCAGCUUCACCGCCGUACCCAAGAUGGAGGUCAAAACCUAUUCCAAAAGCAACUCGCUCACACCAAAGAAAACUGUCAGGCGGAUCAUCUCUGACAGUAACAGUUCGGACGAGGAUGAUAGGACGUGUUUCACGCCAGCGCCUACGCCGCGGCAACAAGCCCAGCAAACAAAUACUAAGACAAGAGACUCAGGCAGCAUGAGCUCUAAACAACAAAAAGACAAGAAUAAAGUCAAAAAGAAACGGAAGAAGGAGAGUAAAAACAAUGUCAGUAAAGAAGUGAGGUUUGGUAAAGUCAAUGACAAGUUCUGUACAUCUGACUCUGAUUGUGGAGAUAUGGAGAGUGAGGAUGAUAAGGGCUCAAACAGUAUAAAGGACUCUUCUGCAACAAGUCUAAAAGACUCCCCUGGCUUUAACGCGUCCUCCUCAUCUUCCCAUGGGAACUCGAACUCUCAGAAACAAGUACCAUCAUUAGCAGAACAGCAUCCAAAGCAGUGGAGGACAGAUGGCUGGAAGACUGUGUCAUCUCCCACGUGGUCCGACGUCAGUUCUCUCUCAGAUUCAGUCAGAACAAGACUGUCCAGUGAGUCUGACUACUCCUCCGCAGAUUCCAGUGUAGAGUCAAUAAAACAAGUGAAGAGGAAAGCGCAGGAGAACAAAAAGAAAAACAACAAUGUGCACAGUAGCACAGUAGACAAGAAGAAUUCUGAGCUCUACAAAAACUCCAAUGCAGACGGUGCGGUCUCCAAAACCGAUGUUGAUGGCAAAGUUCUGAAAAAGCAUAAAGUGAAGCACAAGCACAAGACUAAGGAAAAGGACAAAGCUCCUAGUCUAGUUCUCAAUCAAGACAUGAAUGAGAAAUUUGUCAAGAGCUAUUCCUUUGAUUUUGAUGAUUCAAGGCAGAAGUCCCUAAUUGUUGAGGCAGAAUCGCCAGCUGAGAGCAAGGUCAAGUUAUCCAAACAUGAAAAAGACCAUUCUAAAAAAGAGGAUAGGCUUUCGAAAAGCAAGUCUGAAGAUAAGGAUUGGUCAUCUGGAAAAGACCUGCACAGAACAGCAAAAGAGGAGAAAAAUAAGAAAACAAAGGACUCCACCAAGGAUAAGACAAAGGGGGAGGAGAGGGAGAAGCCUUUAAAAUCUGACAAGGAAAGAAAUGUCAAGGAGAAGGAGAAGCCCAAGGAGGAGAAGCAAAAGGCUCACAAAGAGGAGAAAAAGAAAAAGUCCAAGGACAAGUCCUCCUCAAAGGCAGACAGGAAAAGUGAGCAGAAAGAGGAAAAACAUCUGAAGGUGGACAAGGAGAAAAACACCAAGGAGGAGAAGGACAAAUGUAAAAAAGACAAAGCACAGAAGGAAGAGUCUGAGUUUGAAGGCUUUGACGUGAACAGCCGCUUCCUGAACUUAGAGGACACAAAGCUCAGUGCCUCAGAUGACCACCAUGACCGAUGGGGCUCAGAGAUGUCCUCUGACUCCUCCCUUUACGGAGAUGACAGUUGGGACGCUCCUGACAAGUACAAGGAAUACAAAGCCAACAACGCUGUUAAACUAAUUGUCGAGACCGUUAAGGAAGAGACAAGGCGGAAAGAAAACAAAGUCAGGGACAAGAAAUCAGAUCACAAUGAGAAAAGAUCAGAGAAAGAUGCCCCUUCUAAGAAGAAAGACAAAGACUCUUCAGAAAAGACUAAUGAAAAGAAAAAAGACUGGACAGAAAAACAAAAAUUGAACUCUGGUCACUCAGUUGAAAAAGAAAAGAAGCGGAAGGAGUCGACAGAGACAGUCAAAGACAAAAAAGACAAGGACUCUUUAGAAAACAGUCGAGACCGUAAAGACUCAUAUGACUUCAUGAAGGAGAGGAAAGACAUAAAGAUCAAGCAGGAAACUUUAAGAGAUGAAUAUGGCAAUGAUACUUUCUUCAAAGACAUUGAUGCUGUCGGUAAAUCGUGUGAUAUCAGAGAAAGAAAUCACUCUGGAAAGGAAAAGGAAAAGAAGGGUGAAGGAAUAGAAAAGCGAGAAAAGACAAAAGCCGACAAGCACAAAGAGAAAACAAAAGACAGAGGAGCUGAUCCGGAGAAAGAUAGGAGCGAGAAAAGCUCUGCAGAAAAAACUUCCAAGGAAAAGGAUGCAGACAGGGGCACCAAAGACAAGAAAGAGGGAGUCAAAGACAAACACAAAGAGUGUCAUGGCAAAGACAAAGAUCGGAAGAUGUCUUCAGAACAGACCAAGGACAAAAAAGAAAAGGCCUCUCAAGACAAACAUGCUGAAAGGGAGAAGGAUUUCUUGGAGGUAAAGAAAGAGGAAAGAAAACCUGAGAAAAUCCGUGAGAAAACUUGGUACAAGAUAGCUGACAUCUUCACAGAUGAAAGUGAUGAUGACGAGGACAGCUACAAUGGGAGUGUUGCGCUUGUGACUGACUCCAUCAGAAAAGACUUAACACCUGAUCAGGAUGAGCUCGAUCAUUUCCCAUCAGAGAAAAUAAGGAAAUCUUCUGCAGAAGCUAAACAUAACACAGAAAAGGCAAAGGACAAAGAACACAAAGAAAAGAAGAAAGAAAAGGCCACAUUUGACACCGGUAAAGAAAGAAAAGGCUCUCUAGAGAAACACAACAAAGACAAGAAAGAUUCUGUAGAUGCAAAACACAAGGAAAGAAAAGACCGAAUGUCGGUGGACUCAAAUCAGGAGAAGAAAAACAAGCAGAAGCUGUUGGACAAGAGGGACACCAGCGAGGAAAAGACAAAGAGUAAAUAUAAAGACAAGCUCGAGCAUUCUAAGGAAAGGAAACCCUCAAAAGGCAGUGGUGAGAAUGAAAAGUCCCUGUUAGAAAAAUUGGAGGAAGAAGCCAUGAAUGACUACAAGGAUGACUCCAAUGACAAGAACAGUGAAAUCUCUUCAGAUAGUUUCACUGACCGAGGUCAUGAGCCAGUCCUCACAACUUACUAUGACUCCAUCAGCCUGACUGAUGUGAUUGAGGACAGGAGAGACUCCCUGUCCAUUUCUACACCCCAAGACAAGUUCAGAGAGAAAGAGAGGCAUCGACAUUCCUCCUCAUCUUCGUCCAAGAAAAGUCAUGACAAGGAGAAAGAAAAGGUCAAGAAGGACAAAGGAGACAAACGUGACAAGACAGAGGAGAUCAGAGAGUCGUACAGCCGCAGAGAGAGUCUACCUUUUGAGAAAGAGCCCAUGCCUCUAGAGGCAGACCCUUACACAUUCCCAUUUGGAAGUAAGGGAGACGGCGAAGACGACUUUGAUAAAACAUUGGAAUUCGAAAAAGAGAUGUCCAAAAAGGACAAGGACAAAGCAGCUGGUGUCAUCAGUGACCGGACGAAGGACAAAAAGAAAAAGGAGAAACAUAAGGAAAAAAUAAAGGAGGAGAAGAAUAAGUACAUUGAUGGCUUUGGGUCAAUAAAACACUCCAAAGAGGAUGUGAAGUCCGGGUUGAAAGAUAGCCCACAGGUCACUGUCCUGAAAGACCGGUCAAAAGAAGAAAGUCCUAAAUUUGAUAUGAAAAAAGAGAGAAGUCGGGAUACAUUAGACAAAGACAACAGAAUGGACCACAGUAAAUCUAAGGCCAAGGAUGAAACUGAAAAGCUCCCUCAGUCCAAGGACACAGUGAGGAAAGAUAAUCGUCCGCGGGAAAAACUGCUGGUGGAUGGCGAUUAUCAAAUGACAAGUUUUGGUCAGAUGUUGAGUCUAAAAGACCAGGAGAUUGAAGAGCGCCACAAGAGACAUAAAGAGAGGAUGAAGCAAAUGGAGAAGCUGAGACCCAAGUCAGGGGAUCCUAAACUCAAGGACAAGACCAAGUCCACAGAGGAAGUACGAAAAAACCGCAGCGAGCUGUCAUCAAAGAAGUCCAACAGUCUGGAAUCUGGACUUAAAGAGAAGAAGCUGAAGGAUGUGGGUCUCCCAGCCCAAAUGAUGUCCCCAAGCAGGAAGUUCCAGCCUACAGACAGUCAAAACUCUAAGGACUGGCUUGCUGGCCAUCAGAUUAGGGAGAACCUUCCUGCUUCUCCAAGGCCAGAUCAAAACAGGCCAACUGGUGUCCCGACGCCAACAUCUGUCAUCUCCUGCCCCAGCUAUGAGGAAGUAAUGCAAACUCCACGUACCCCGUCCUGCAGCGCAGAGGAUUACCCAGACAUUAUGUUGGAUGGACUGGACUGCCAGAACUCAUCAGCUAUGACUAUGUCAAUGAACGCCUGCUCGCCAUCCUUCUUUGAAAGCAGGUACUCUAACUCUCAGAGUUUCCAGGAGGGCACAUGUCCUACCCCUGCAAAGAACCUCCAGCUACCACUUGUCAGCCGCUCUGCAUCUUCUGACGUCCGCAGGCCUCUGGAGGACGAGUUCAAGGCUGAGGCUGACAAGUUCCUUAGACAGCAAAGUGAUCCAGCAGCUGAAUUUGAUCAGUCAUCACCCUCCCAAACCUUAGAGGACAAAUCAGCAAGUGUGGAUAGACUGGAGUGCCUGCCAUCUCCUUAUUUCUCCCCACUAAGAAUGUUGUCCCCUCGGCGGGAACCAGCCCUUCCAACACCAGACGUGGCAGAACCAACCCUUGCUGUCACUGAGGGAAAUGAACAUUUUCCUGACAAUGUAUACACCAAUUUCUUGCCCAAACCCUCUACUCCAGUUCACAGGCCAGACCCCCAGGAGCCCUGCUUCGACAUUGCUGCACCACCUACCCCAGCUCCUGCUGCUUUGCCACCCCUGGACAUCGAUGACAUUUCUGAGCCUCACCACAGUGAGCCUAACCUGGUCCUGUCAGAUCUUCCCUCUGUAACUGAAGAACAGGAGCAAGAGGAGCAAGAGGAGCAAGAUGAGCAAGAGGAGCAAGAGGAGCAAGAAGAGCAAGAAGAGCAAGAAGAAGAGGAAGAAGAGGAGGAAGAAGAGGAAGAUGAAGAAGAGGAGGACUUUGAGGACGAAGUUGAUAUGGAUGAGAGAGCUGAUGCAGACCACUGUGCAGUAGAGGAGCCGGAGCAAACAAGGGAACCAUGUUCCUUCUCCUCUCCAGUUGAGGACCCACUGAGGAAGAGCUGGCCCGCAGAGUCUCCAGACCGGCAGGAACCAGAGAUCGAAGAGCUCUCCCCAACACACUCUGCAACCAACCAUGGAGAGAACUGUUUUGAUCACAGCAUGGGUUGGGACCCUGAAAUGGAUCUUAAAUCUCCCCACAGGACAUAUGGAGAGAUUGAGGCUGCUGUCUCCAAAAUAACUAGUCCAUACCAUUCAGACAGUGAGAUGCAGCACUUGUCCGUUCACCCCUCUGUCACACCCCCUUACGCUACCUGGAAUAGGUGGCAGAAAGAGGACCCAGAGGACUUUGACGAACAGAAGGAGGCUGUGGCGGACAUCCCCUCUCCAGAGAGGCCUGACACAGCUAACGACGAGGAACCAAACUAUUUAAACACCUCGUCAUCCUCCAAUAGACUGGAGUCUUUCUUCCAGGACUGCAACAAGCCUAGCAUAGAGGAAGGUCCUCAGAUGGACACUGAGUCAACAUGUGAAGAACCAGAUAGCAGACAGACCACGCACAGCUUCAGUGAUACCACUGAAAGCCACAUGGCUCCAGUUGUGGCCCCUGAGCCUGUGGUGCCCUGGGCAGACCCAUUCUCAGCUGAUGCAGAUGAACUGGAUGACCUGGGACCGUUCUCUUUGCCUGACCUACCACUACCAGACAAAUCGGAAGAAGCUGAGUCUCGAGACCCAGAACUAGUUGAUCGCAUCAAGACUGUGCCGACCAUAAUUAGACCUACCAUUACAGACAGAGAUGACCCGGACACAAUGGAGGUGGACUUACCAAGCCUGGGUAAGACUUCAUGCCCUGCUGCUGAGCAAGGUUUAGGAGAACCUACCGGACAAGACUUGGUUGUACCGUCACCACAUGCCAACUUCGAGCAAGAGAUGGACCCCGAGCCAAUUAACGGCUCUCGCUCUAUAAUACAACACCAGGGUGGAAUGUUGGAAAGGAAAGGACCCUAUGGGGAACCUGAUGAGUCGGAUCCCAGCAUGUUGUUUUCAUCAGUGAAAUCAGAUCCUAGUAAGCAACAUCACAUUCAGAUCCACUCCCUCACGGAAUCUUUGCAAUUACCAAUGGAUCCAGUGUCCGCUAUCAAAUCAGACGUGAGACAGGAGAUGUCUGAGCCCGUAGCAGAAUCCGUUACAUGCAGUCCUCUUCCUCAGCUACCAGUGGCAGUCGCCCUCCCCAGCACAGUGGAACUACCAGACGCUCAGGAGACCACAGCCAAGCUAACGCCGGUAACCCUGACCACUGUCUCCACCACUGUAGAGACCCCCAAAAAGGUGGAUGAAAUCCCUCAAAGGAUGACUCGCAAUCGCGCCAAGAACAAUCCGUCUGUUGCUGCUGUCCCUCCUACCUCCGUCAUAAUGACCUCGUCUGCCGCUACCACCCCUGUAAUGACCAGUCCGACAGUGACCCUAAAUCCAAUUCCUUCUAGAACCCCGACUCCCACCUCAGCAGCUUCCUUCCCAGCUCUGAAGAAAGAAUCUGUGCUUACCAUGUCCUCGACUGUAUCUAAUACAACCCCAGCAGUGUCUGUACCUACUUCUGUGACAACAUCUGCCCCACUGGUUAUCAGCAAGACGACAAAAGGUCGCCCUCUCCCCACGGACGAAGAGGAAUCCCAGACCCAGCACCCACGGAAGAGGAAAUUCCCACGUUCUGCUGGGUCGCAGGUCCAGGUCCAGCUGGUAAACACAGCCAUGCAGCAGACCAGGGAAAUGAUCCAACAGACUUUGGCUGUUGUAGUCAAUGCCAUCAAGCUGGACGAUAUUGAGCCCUACCACAGUGACCGCUCCAACCCAUACUUUGAGUACCUGCAGAUCAGGAAGAAGAUUGAGGAAAAGAGGAAGAUUUUGUGCUACAUCACCCCACAGGCCCCACAGUGUUACGCUGAAUAUGUGACCUACACCGGCUCUUACCUGCUGGACAGCAAGCCCCUCAGCAAGCUUCACAUCCCUGUGAUUGCCCCACCGCCAUCGCUGUCAGAACCUCUGAAGGAGCUUUUCAGACAACAGGAGGCAGUAAGAGGGAAGCUCAGGUUGCAGCACAGCAUAGAACGGGAGAAGCUGAUUGUGUCGUGUGAGCAGGAGGUUUUAAGGGUCCACUGCAGAGCAGCCAGAACUAUAGCCAAUCAGGCUGUGCCAUUCAGUGCCUGCACCAUGCUGUUGGACUCUGAAGUGUACAACAUGCCAUCAGAGAGCCAGGGAGAUGAGAACAAAUCUGUGAGAGACCGCUUCAACGCUCGUCAGUUCAUUUCCUGGAUCCAGGAUGUGGAUGAUAAAUAUGACCGCAUGAAGACAUGUCUGUUGAUGCGGCAACAGCACGAGGCAGCAGCCCUAAACGCAGUGCAGAGGAUGGAAUGGCAGUUGAAGGUCCAGGAGCUGGACCCAGCAGUGCACAAGUCCCUCUGUGUCAACGAAGUGCCGUCCUUCUACGUGCCAAUGGUCGAUGUCAACGACGACUUUGUCCUGCUGCCUGCAUGACACACCUGUGCCCACAAAUUAAGAGCAAACUUUGUCUGAAUCACUUCUUCUCAAAGAGAUUUCGUUGAACUAAACGAAUGGAAAGGGCUAGCAAGUUUGAAAGAGGACUUUACACAGUAAAAAAAUAUAUUCUAUAGAAAAAGAGUAAAGAUGAAAAAAAAACUUGCUCUGGAUUCCCUUCCGUGAAGAAGGAAACCUGUUUUUACUGGGGGAAAAAGAAAACACACAACUUGCACUUUCAUCCUCAAAAGUUUUUACGCUUAUGUUUGAUCAGAGUGUGAGAAGCAGAAGCAGUUUUUGCUUCGGGGCUCUGACAUCGGGACACAACUCCUCAGUGCUCAGUUUUUGCUGAGACAGGGGACAGAGAUAUAUUUUCUGCAUUCGUUUUUGGUCCCUGCUUCAAUAGACCUACCGCCACCACUGGGAGGAGGUAUCGGAGAAGAGCUCUCCCAACAGCGUGGUGCCUGUCCUGAGGGAGGACUGAGGAGAAGCCUCCCCUGUAGUGCUCCUGGUGGGCCAGGAGAACUAGAUGGGGUCUAGCGCCAACCCGGAGGUAGUCAACAGAGGAGUGGUGCAUCAUCUGGAUCUUCAUUGUUGAACAGCUGGAAUGGACAGACCAGGAAGCUAGAACCAGCUGCUGAUGUUUUUUUGGGGCUAUAAGACCAUAUACCCAGAGGACGCCCUCUCUGUUCACACUGCACCAGGCAGGCCUAGCUAAACAGUCGUGCAACAGAGCCUGCAGUAAGUUGGGAUACAGCAGAGGGCUAGCGAUGUGUGUGCACGUCAGGGGCCUGUGUCCGAGAGGAAGAGACUGACCCUGGAGCCUCUCGGCCUGGCUAAACAGAAGAGGACAGGCAUGGCUCUCUGAGGACAGACCGGAGUGUUCCUCAGCCGCCCUGCUUGAUCCAAACACAAACACACACCAGACCGCCAUGGACUGCAAAAACACCACAGGAGAACCUGAAGAAACAAACACAACGAAUGUUGAGAUUCAAAGAGACUAUUGAGAAAUUGUGCUUUGGCAGGAGGAGAGAAAUAUUGUUUUUGUCUAUUUCUUUACUUGGGCAUUUCAUUGUUUCUGAGGAAGUGACUUGAAACACUACAGAGCCAAUAUUAGUUUAAUGGAAAAAAAACAAAAGAAAAAUGAAAAAAAGUUGUAUUCCGUAAAUGAUGUACAGUUUUUAUAUUCGUUAACCAAUGUAUUCUUGCUGCCUUCUAGAUAAUUUAUUUUGCCACACAUUACUGCACAGUUGUAAAUAACCUAUGUACUGUAAUAUCACUCAGUUAAGUGUAAAGAAAAAAACAUAAAAGAAAUAAAAAUUAUCUUUUUAUGUACAGUUCA